CAACUUCAAGCACGGACCCUAGACCCUACUCUGCCAAGGGCAAGUAAUUUUUUAUCUUUACAGCUUUCAGUCAUCAUCUUUCUUCCCGCCAUGCACGUAACGAUAUGCUACUCCUAACUGUCAUGCUGUGCUUCCUCACAAUGAUUUGUUCUUGUAUUGCUAGACCUGAUAAAAAACUAAGUUUUGCCUGAAAUUAUAGCUAAAGUUUUGUUUUCUUUUUUUGAAUUCUUCCAACUAUUGUUUUUGGAUUUUGAUCCUUCUCUUUUAAGGUUAUUUUCUUCCAGCGGAAGAUGCCCCGUAAAGUUGAUGAGCAAGGAUCCGUAUCAGGUCCACAUCGAAAGAGAGGGAGGCCACAGAAACGGACAGCCAAGCUACCACAAUCUAUAGCUCAAGGUAAGCUGAAGAGAAAAAAAGUAAGAUCAUCAAAGACAGUGGUCAGAACUCCCGAUGUACUAAUUGAAUCUCAAAUAUCAGGAUUUUCUCUUAAUGCUGUUGAGGCUCAUGGAAAGGAAAAUGUGGAAUCUGUACCUAUGGAGAAGGCUGUUAGCGAAGGUCCCGUACAUAUGGAGAAGGCUAUUAGCAAAGGUCCCAUACCUAUGGAGAAGGCUAUUAGCAAAGGUCCCAUACCUAUGGAGAAGCCUGUUAGCAAAGGUCCCAUACCUAUGGAGAAGGCUGUUAGCGAAGGUUCUGUACAUAUGGAGAAGGCUGUUAGCGAAGGUCCCAUACCUGUGGAGAAGGUUGUUUGUGAAGGUCACAACAAUGGUUCUGAAGAUGAUCAGCCUCUCUCCACUUGGGUUGGAAAAGUGCAAACUCGAACUCCUGUUGAUGGAUCAAGACUUGCACAACCCCACCAGAGCUUGCCUUUUGUGAAGAAAGACGCACUCAUAUGGGACAUAUUAGAAUCCAGAGAAGCCUUUCGGAAAAUUCCUCAGAACCCUCAUUUUCAGCCGCUCCAAAACAGUGAAGAUUUUCGUCGCGAAACUCUGGCUAUCUUCUACAUGUGUACUUUUGCGGAUCUAGUAGACAAGGCUUGCAACUUGAAGCUUGACGAACCCAGAAACACCAUUGACAAAAUGUUUGACACACUAGUUGAGCUGGAGUCCCAUGGGUUCAGUGUUGAGCCGAUACGCAGCCGCUUGAAGGAGAUCCUGUCAUACAAAGAAAAACAUGAAAAUCUGCAAGUCUCGUACGCUGGGACCAGCACCGAAAUGGAGAAGCAGAGCGCGCUCAAAGCGGACCUGAUGAAGCAAAAAGCCGAGCUUGAGAAAUCCCUUUCCCAGGUGGUGUCCAAGUUGGAGUCAAAGGAACAGGACAUAGCUUCUCUGCAGUCCAGUAUGGAUGAGAUGAACGAGAAACUCGGACAUUUGAACCGGGAUUAUGAAGCUUUGAUUUGCAAACCAUUUGAACCGCCCGUACAAAACGUGUAGGCCUAGGGGUGGUGGGGGGGGGGUGACCCUAGGGCUAUAGAUGGGUUGAUCCCCAGUUUUUGUAUGUUAAUUAUGUAGAAAACUGCUCUUAUGGCUUAGCUCUAAUGACCACUUCCUAGUUUUGAGACCAAAACCCAUCUAGUUUCACGUGCAUUGAUAGUGUUUUCAUUGGGGCUCUUUGUUUGUACUUGUAAAAUUAUUACUCUAUUAUCGGUGUCGAGUAGGGACGGUUCUGGUCUAGUUCCGGACCGGUUCUAGAUUAAAUUUUUUAAUUUUAU